UGCUGAGUAAAAGCUUUUCUUAAAACGAUGCCACUAGUCCAUUCACGGAAACGAACACUUGACAUAAUUAUAGUAUGAUAAUAAUAAUUAUCGCUGGUUACCAUUGAUUUUAGUUACUAACGAUAUAUUAUCAUCGCAGCUGUGUUUGGUUUUAUAAGUGGUACGGUAUAUGUAAUGCAAGAUGGAUGGAAGUCAAUACUGCAUUCUUUGGAACAACUACCAUGGGUCUCUAGUGAACACACUAAGUGGACUGCGGCGGGAAGGUGACCUGGUUGAUGUAACAGUUGUUUGUGGUGAUGGCAACAAAGUUCGGGCCCAUCAGCUUGUUCUGGCAGCAUGUUCGUCUUAUUUCAGAGACUUCUUAAGGGACAAUCCAUCGAAACACCCUAUUGUGCUGUUGCCCAUGGAGAUUCGAUAUCCCGAACUGAAAGCUAUGGUGGACUUCAUGUACUCAGGCCAAGUGUGUGUCAACCAGGAGCGUCUCCAAGCAUUCAUUCGGGGUGCUCGGUACCUGAGAAUAAAAGGUCUUGAGGAUAAUGCUGAUGAUAGUGAUAUUGAUGACAUGGCACCAGAAAUAGAAAAUGAAAAACCAUCAGUGGGUGGAGUCUCCACAGCCGGCGGUGUACCUACAGGGAAUGGAGUGGAUUCGACUGCCACGACUACAGUCAAGGGUCGACGUGUUAAAGACCAUCGUUACACACAGCAGGUUGAUUUAGGUGACUCUGAUGAGAAUCGUGAUAAAUGGGAAGUUGUGGAACGUAAACCUGUCAUCCUCCCAAGGUCACAACCUCCACCACCACCAGGCACAGGACUCAGGAGACGACGCAGAGCACGAUCAGCUCUUAGGAAACGAGCCAUGCACCUUAGUAAUAACAUAGUUUGUUAUGAGCAGCGCACUGAUGGGUCGGAUGGUGGUCACGACCGCUCAGAGCCAAUUAACAAAAUAAGAAGACUGGGAUCACCUGGACACUUCCAUGAUGAUGAUCUCGACAUUUGUACUUGCACAUCUCGCAAGAUAUGGUCAGUAAGAGAUACUGAGGCACUUCUUAAAGUUUGGCGGGAAACUCUUACACAGGUGCCUCCUUCAUACUUUAUCCGAUCAAUGGCACUGUGCAAGCGGGUGGCUCGCAGACUACAGAGUAGGGGUAUUCAAAAGAGUUGGCGACAGUGUCAGGUGAAGAUGAAGAAUCUACGCCGAGAAGUACGUCUUUAUAAAGAAUCUGUCGGGCGAAGCAAUUCACGCAAGCCGUCAGAAGUUGCUACAGCUUGUGAAAAGCUCUUACCUGAUAUUGAAGAGAUAUUUAACAAGGAGGAAGAAAUCCGUCGAGAAUGGUACCAUAUGCGAGCAGAAGAAAGGUUAAGAGCAGAGGGAAGAUUGGUUGAUGGUGAAGCAGCACCUGCAGAUAUAUUGGCCCAGGUUGCUGUUUUGGCAGACUCAGAUUUAUGUGAUGAAGAUACAGAUGCCCAAGAAUGUGUGGCAGCUGAUGGCUUAGAAACAGAAGGUGAAACAGGGGCAUUCACAGAGGGGGAAGGGUUCACUGAGGGUGAAGGAGCCUUUGAAGGGGAGGUAGAUACACAUGUAGUUCAUGCUCAGGCUGAGACUGCAGUGCACCACAUCGUCGAAGAUGUGACCUUACAGGUGGUCACUAAACAAGAACCUCAGUCUGGUGCAGAGAUUUAAGAAUACAGGAGGUCCCCAGGUUAUGUACGUCCAACUUACGAACAUUCGCUGAUAUGAACGAGGUUAAAUUUUAAAUUUACAGUAUUUUAUUUACCUGAUGACUUAUUUACUUUCAUUUACUGUAUUGUGUCAUUCUAUUUCUUAUUUUCUCCUAAAUUAAGUGAUUUUAGAUGUUUAUAAGGAUUUAGUAAUUUUAAACAUUCAUCUGUAAGUAAGGUAUGCACAUAAGGGUACUGUAUGUGGUUUGACUCGAGUACAUUUUCAUCUUAAGAACAUCCGUAGGAAUGGAACUCGUACGUAACCCGGGGACUGCCUGUACAGUAUUAUUACUGUACGUGUCUGUGGUCAUUAAUGAUGGGAUUAUAAGACUGCUGUAGGCAUCUUUUUAUUUCCAUCAGAUUGUUUGUAAAUUUGAUUUUCUAUGAGGAUGCUGAUUAUUUUUGUGCCACUAAAGGGGACAGUGAUUAAAGUUGCCACAAUCAGAUAUUUCAGUUGAGGUCGGACCAAAUGACCAGAUCAGAAUUAUAGACCUCUCAGAGCAGUUUGGGUUUAAAAAAAUAACCACCUUAAUUCCAAGGUGUAAAACAUUUAAAUUCUUAAAAAAAAAACUGUAAACUUCCAAGAAUUUGUAAUUAUAGUAAUUACUGAGAAUAUCAUUAAUGUCCAUUAUACUUUGAGAUUAGAUCACAGAAUGCUUAUAUAACUUAUUUCUAUAUAUAAUAAAAUUUAAAAUUGCAAUAGAAUUAACUUAUUUUUAUAUAUAUAACCUGCACAGGACUCCUGACAUGCAUGAUUGGAACUAAACUCCAGAAAAUUGCACCACAACUACAGUUUUAACCCAUCAGUUGCCUCUUAAAAUAAACAAAAUAGAUGUACUGUACUGUACACAUUUUUUGAACCUCUAAAGCAAGAGUGGCCAGACUUUCAUGUGACUGGAUCUACUUUUUCCAUGGUUAUCCAAACGUGAUCUACUAGCCCAAUUUUUUCUAACCUCCAGCAGAUAAUGAAUAGAUUUUGAGUCUUAAUGGAGAGAGAAAGAGAGUGAGUGAGUGUAACUAAUAAUAAAAUUAAAUUAAUACA